AAUUAGGAAUUUUAAUAACUCUCUGUCGACAGGUUAAUCAAUUUUAUAAAAUCGAGAUACAACAAUGUCUGCUUUAAGCGAAUGGUUAUGUCUAUAUGCAAAGCAUGUAAACUUUUCUACUAGCUCUUAGAAGCAACUCUGGGCUCAUAAUGCUUUUUAGAGCACGGACAGCUAGUUUUUGGUGCCAAAUUUGUGCAUAGCCUAUAGUUAAGAUGUUUUAUUAGUGCAAGUAUAAGAGCUUCAUCAUGUGCUCUAAAGUCUGUAGACUUGUUUGUAAAGUACAGAUUAAUUUUACUGAGAUGGUUUCUUUUGGUGGCUUAAGAGAUAAGCCUAACUAGCAGAGAUUUGGAGACUUGGAGAUUACAUUUUCAACCAUCUUUAAUUUAGAAGUAAAUCUCUACGAUAUAGGAUAACAAAGAAAGUUAAGAAGCGAUUUCAUCAUUGCUAAGACUGUCUGGAAGAUAUCAUAAUUGCUCUUUCGAUAACUUGAAAAUUCUUUUAUCGUCUCUGUUAGAUAAAACGAUGGAGGGCAGAGAAUGAAGAAUUAAGGAGCUCUCUUAUCCUAUAUCCAAGAGAUUGCACACUUCUAAUGACCGAGCGUGACAUCCACGCAAUUUUGGGGAAAACAAGGAACAAUAUUUGAAGUAA